AUGGAGCCCCCACCAGACUACAGUGAGCAUCCGCAGCAACUCACAGACAUCGAUCUGAAGAUGUGGAUCCCCUUCGCGCAAGGCGAUAAUAUGUUCUUCAACUAUGCCGUAGGGGUAUCGAGACGUAUGGGGUUGAUUGGGGAGCGCUUGUUUUGUGGUACGAGGACGGCGAUGCGUGUUGAAUUCUGGGAUAUUAAGCCGGUUCGGGGAUCGAUCCUAGGCAGGCCGGUUAACGCGGAAACGAUACAUGAUAUUGGGAGUAUGAAUACGUAUUUGAAAGAGAACUUGACGAUUGGAAUAAGGACUAUAUCAAUUCACGCCAACAGCCCAAACUCACCACUGUCCAUUACGGCUGAAGCUAUGAAUGUACUCCUCACUCAGCUCCGUGUGGGACCUCAAUUUCUCGACCUCCUGUUCUCAUUUGCAGGACAUGGGAAAGAUGUUGAAGCUGGGUCCGGGAGUUUGGUGUACAAGUAUGUGGCAAAUGGCCCGAAUGUUGCGGGCAUUUUGGAGGUACAAUACAUCCUGCGAUAUCCCAUUCUCACUAAUGACAACACAUGGAUCAUCUCUCAGACAGCAGUCUACCACCGCCAUGUCCUCAAAACACAUGGUAGCUUCUGGAUCCUCCUCCACUCGGACGCCGAUUCGCCUCUGCAGGCUCGUCUCCAAGCUUGCAUGCGACAGUGGGAGCGCAGCCACAGCUAUGUGCGUGAUGGGUUUGAUCACGUACAUUUCCUCGCGCUGAGUAGCUAUCUUGGGGAAUGGAGGUGGUUCUUAUUGGAUUUGGAGAAGGAGGUUGAGGCGUUGGACACAUCAUCCCUCUCCCUCCUCCAUAACACAUCCUCAACCUCGCACUCCGACAGCACCCAAACUCGCCUCCACAUCGAGAACACCACCCGUACUCUCCACCGACGCAUCGCACCCCUCAAACCGAUUCUAGAAUCCACUCUCCAGACGGUCAAAAAUUUAGGCGUGGUGGCAGGUAAGCCGCCGAAGAUGGCUGAUGAGUUCCGGACGUAUGAGGUGAUGAUUACGGGAUAUUUGGCGGCUGUGGAGGGGUUGAGGGGCGCUGUUGAGAGGGUGGGGAGAGUUAGGGGAGAUUUGAGUUAGGGAAGAUGGGUGAGGGGUUGGGUGAAUGAGUGUCGGUAGUUUGAUGUCGGGACUUCAAGAAGGAGGAGGAGGAGGUGGAGGAUUACGAGAAGCUUUCGACCUGUGAUGACGACCGUAGGCGGUAUCCAUAGAGUGUCUAGUAUAUGUAUCUAAGCAUCUUGUUCAAGGUUUGACAUAUUACUGAACGACGUUUGUGUGUCUAGCUGUCGAAAACUAGAAAUGGGCAGUCUCC